GGUUGACUUUUUACACUUUUCAGGACUGUCAUUUUCGCUUGGGUUUGUGGGAUGGGGCGUUCGUCAAAAGGAUGUGAUAUUGAUGGAGACCGGAUAGGAAUCAGGGUUGAAGGGAGAAAGAAACGUUUUCUGUCGUUUCUGGGUUGGGUUGCUGUUCUGACUCGUUGGUCCUGGAUUCCUUGAUGCGUCCUGACUCGUUUUGUUGGUUGGUUGGAUGGCCAGUGUGCGUGUUGUUAUUCCCGCAGGCCUUGUUAUUGUGCCACGGGGCUAUAUGUAGUAGCCCAGGUUCCAUGCCUGCUCUGCAGCUUCCGGCCCUCUCCGUCGUGUCAUCAAUGCAUCCUUUCCCAAAUGCCGCGUGGGGCGGCGCAGAACCAAAUCCAAUUUCUUCUAUGACACCAUUCAGAGCACCGUUUUUGGGUUGCUCAGCUCCAGGUUCGCACUCCACGGAGCGCUGGACUCAGCGUUCUUCAGCUCUAAUUGGCUGCAGGAUAUGUAUCGAACCCCAACUAGGAAUAAGUACCGGACGCGGAUGGGCUGAAUGAACCCUUCAGCUUUGAAGGGAACAUCAUCCCACCCGACUCUCAUUGUCGUCUUCGCUCUGGAUUGGUUACCCUAGCUUGCAUACAGAC